AUGAGUUCAUCAGAGGAGAAGACGAAUACUUUUGCGUAUACAUCGUUUUGUGACGAAAUUCAUGACUCUGUAUCGUGUGAAGGUCCAAAACGUGAAGGAAACUUUAAAGUUUACAGGCGAAGAUGGUAUAUUCUUUUUGUAUUUUCUAUAUGCUCUGCCUUAAAUGGCAUGAAAUGGAACACUUGGGGUCCAAUUCAAGGUACCUCGCAAGUUGUAUUUGGUUGGAGUGAUACGACUAUCACACUGAUGGUGGCCUGGGGACCGAUAGUUUAUAUCAUUUCCUUUUUGCCAAUAUCGUGGCUCAUGGAUACUAAAGGUGAGAAUAUACUAAACUGUGGCAAACAAGGCUUGGUAGAUUGAUAUUUUUUUUUGUUAAUAAUGAGGGUUUGAGGGACAUAAAUAAUACAAAAACACUCCACAUUGACCGUCCUACAAGAAUUGUUAUCUUGAACUCGUGACACUUGAUACGAUUCUUAGGAAUGCCACCUGGAUUGGAUAAUCUAAAAUUAGGAUUGGACCAUUGACUGUGAUCACUUGACUGGACUCUGGCGUAUACUCGUUCUAAUUACAGUUUCUUGAACAUUUGGUUGUUAAUUUUAGGUCGAAACAGAGAUCAUUUUGUCUUUUCCACUCAACACCUUUGCUACUUUAAAAGCAACAGCAAACGUUUUCCGUGUUUGCAUAGCCUGAUAUAAACACGAGAGGGGUUGGGAGAAUUCAAGACAGUUAUGCAAACACGAGACGAAGUCGAGGGUUUGCAUAACUGUCGAGAAUUCUCCAAACGCCUCGAGUGUUUAUAUCAGGGUAUUCAAACGCAGGAAAAAAAUUUCUAUUGCUUUUAUAAAAUAAAUUUCCCGUGAAAAAACACAAAACUCUUUGUAUGGCACUGAUUAACCCAUUCGCCCCUGAACCGCCCGUAACCGCCCGUGCAGAUCCAGGUCCUUUCUACCCUUUGUGACGUCAUCAGUUUUAACAGUCAAGGACAACUUUCUUCGCUAACUUGUGCAGAGUGAAGAGAUCUUUCACACCAUACCAGAAUGAGCACAAUUCAGUCAAGGACACCGGAGAAAGAAGCAAAAAACCACGUGACAAGGACCUGAAAAUCUCCAUGAAAAUCUUGUUCCAUUACCCACCUACCUUUCCUUUCACCUAAUCCUAAGAUCCUAAAAGCUUUCCUAAAAACUCUUCCCACCAAAAUGAAGCCUACUAAAUGCCCAGCAAGAGAAAAAAAAAUGAGGCAACAAAAGCGAAAAAAGAAGGGAGGAGAGAAAGCGAAAAGUAAAAGUCAAGACUGCUGUGUCACUUUUAAACCCAAAAACUAUGUCAAAAUUUUGCUUUCUGUGCGUGCCCGAACUUCGUAAGCUGAUAUUUUGCAUCUGGAUCAGAAGGCCGCCAAGUGUACAACCUGUAAACCGGUUUGUGGUAAGUUUUAGCUCUUUAUAGCACGACAGUGACCAGAAAACCACUCGACUAGCCUCAAAACGCGUUUUUCGGCAAAAUCUCCAGGAGCGAAUGGGUUAAGCAAAGUACCAAGCUUUUUGGAAAAAAUCCACUUUUCAGCAUAAAACAACCAAAUCUGUCUAUUUCAUGUAAAAUCAGGUGAAAAAGUUGGUAAAAGGCCAUUUUUAGGUUUUUUGAUUAACCCAUUCGCCCCUUAACCGCCCGUAACCGCCCGUGCGGAUCCAGGUCCUUUCUACCCUUUGUGACAUCAUCAGUUUUAACGGUCAAGGACAACUUUCUUCGCUAACUUGUGCAGAGUGAAGAGAUCUUUCAAACCAUACCAGAAUGAGCACAAUUCAGUCAAGGACACCGGAGAAAGAAGCAAAAAACCACGUGAAAGGACCUGAAAAUCUCCAUGAAAAUCUUGUUCCAUUACCCACCUACCUUUCCUUUCACCUAAUCCUAAGAUCCUAAAAGCUUUCCUAAAAACUCUUCCCACCAAAAUGAAGCCUAUUAAAUGCCCAGCAAGAGAAAAAAAAUGAGGCAACAAAAGCGAAAAAAGAAGGGAGGAGAGAAAGCGAAAAGUAAAAGUCAAGACUGCUGUGUCACUUUUAAACCCAAAAACUAUGUCAAAAUUUUGCUUUCUGUGCAUGCCCGAACUUCGCAAGCUGAUAUUUUGCAUCUGGAUCAGAAGGCAGCCAAGUGUACAACCUGUAAACCGGUUUGUGGUAAGUUUUAGCUCUUUAUAGCACGACAGUGACCAGAAAACCACUCGACUAGCCUCAAAACGCGUUUUUCGGCAAAAUCUCCAGGAGCGAAUGGGUUAAAAGAGAAAUUCUAACCAGUUACAAAGUCUUGUCCACGAAGUCUUGCACGCAUAAUCAGUUCUUGUUUUGCAAAAAGAUGCUUUCCAAAAUACGGACUUUUCUCACUUAAAAUGUCUGGUUAAGGAUUGUAACGAUUUUCCAAGUUUCAGCUGACGAAGGAAUGGGUAAAAAAAGUAAACAUGUCGAGUUUGAACUUGAAAACUUUUUCAAAUUCGUGCUUGCGUGAUUAGCGCAAAAAACAAAACAUCUUGACGCCACAACCACGUUUAAAUACUCUCGUGCAAACACUCCUCUCAGCCAAUCAGAUCUAGAGUGCGCGUACUAUCUUAGUUAUUUUAUAAAUCAGUAUAUGAUGCUGCAUCAUAUUAUACUAAUGCAGCAAGAACCAAUUCGAACCAGUUUCUGUUACAAAUGUACAACCUUCAUUAUGGGUAAAGAGAGUGACGAGAAGAUAAUUCAUCAACAGGUUUUUGCUAGGCUCAGCCGCUAAUGAUUUAGAGUACAAGUUCCGCAGCUUUACUAAAAAAAGUGAUCAUGAUUCUGGCCUUAAAAACAGCAUGGAUUUGAGUACAGUCCAACCUCUCCACAAAGGCCACCUUGGGGACAGAUGAAAGUGGUCGUUGUGGAGAGGUGGCCAUUAUGUGGAGGUACAUGUAGGGGGCAAUAUGACAAUUUUUUUAAAAGAAGUGUAACAUGUUUAUUGUGCUUAGUUCUUGCAAACUGUAUCUCAUAAUGGUAAUCUAAUCAUAUGAAAUAAUUAAUUAUAGACAUAAAUAGAGGAUAUUACGUGGCCUUGCAGAGAUACGAAAUUUCUCUUCGAGUGUUGAAAAAUAUUUCAUGAGUGAGCGCAGCGAACAAGACUAGUGAAAUAUUUUUUUCAACACGAGAAGAGAAAUUUCGUUUAUCCAAGCGACCAUGUAAUAUUCUUUUUAUUAUAUAAACACCAAUGAAAUGCCAAACCAUUUCAUUUAAAUAGUUUUUUGGUCUGAAAGGUGCGGUUUAUUAUGAAGCCAUAGCAAUGGUGAUAUUUUCACAUGUGAAGAUAACAUGUUAUUUUCACAUGUGAAGAUAACAUGUUAUUUUCACAUGUGAAGAUAUCAAGUUUUCGCGCGAAAGCUCACUUGGUAUUUCAUUGGUGUUUAUAUAAUGAAAAAUGUUAAUGUGACAAAAUGAGCAAGGUUCGCAACAUUCGUCAUGAUUAUUGUAGCCAAUUUAUGCUUACUGCAGCAGUAUAAAUGGAAACCAAUCAAAACACAGUUGCCACAAUUAAUUAAUCAUUAAUGCACCAUAUGGAUCAAACUUCAUAACCUGAUUUUUGACUUUUUGAUCAGUCGCUGAAAAAACUGGCCAUUGUUAAGAGGUUAUUUUGGCAGUCGGAGACAUGCUUUAACUGGCCGUUGCCAUUGUACAGAUGUGCCCAUCCCAUUGCAGAGUGGUUUAAACAAGAGUCAGUGAAUAGACUGUCUGCCAGGACAAAAAAGGUGGCCAUUGUGGAAGGGUGGCUGUUAGUGGACGUUCGACUGUAUAAACACUGCUUACAAUUUUACAAGGUGUAAAUGUAUUUGCAUACAUUUUUAUGGAGAAACCAAAAUGGAAUUACGAGUUAUAUACCAUAAGCAAAGACAACUGCCCCUGAUGUCAACUAUAUUCAGCCUCGUUCCAAGGGUCCACUUAUAAGAGAGAAGAAUCCAGAAACAACUUUGGACAAGAUUUUGCAUUCAUCCAGUCUACAAUCAGUCAAACUUCUUCCCGUAUCCACAAUGAUGUCCUUUUCUAUUUUUGUCCUGGCUGACAGUCCAUAACAACUGACUUCUUCACAAAGCAUGUACAAGAUUUUUGUCCACUGAAAAUCAAAAUUACUCAAUGUCCUGGUGGAUUCCGUCUUAAUUCCUCUUGAUACGACUGUAAAAUCCAGGCGAAAAAAAAACUAUAUAUGAAAACUGUCAGGAGGCAAACAAAGGAGUAUUAUGGGAGAUAUGCCAUUGGAAAUUUUUUGAAUUGCCAUCCCAAGGCUCAGUUUCAAAGCGAGGCUAAGUGCAAAGCCAUUGUCUUGGAAACAAGACAUAUUAUCACAAGAAAGGUUUUGCACAUUGCCUUGUUUUGAAAGUAAGUGUUUUGGAACUGGUUAGCCUGACUGUGUAGCAGGCACUUGGAAGUAGUGGGUGGCCGUUCACGUGCCUGUUCUUUUUUGCGCCCACUACUUUCAAGCCCUUGCUAGGUAGGCUAGAACUGGGAAAUGGCUAGUUUUUAGAUUUAGCAAAGACAAAGUAACGACAGAGAUGAUGAUGGCAUGUGCAGAUUUAAAAAUGAAAUUGAACAUGACAGAACAGCCAAUUAAGCUGAUUUGAUGUUGUGUUGUCUGCUUAAUCUACCUAAUAACUUGUCCAGAACAGUUUUAAAGCGAACAAUGACAAUUGCAAUUUUGUUCACUCAACGAGUAUUGCUUAUCUUUCCUUUGUUGCCCUUUUUCCUUUAUUUGUGCAUUCAAUUCAGGUUUAUUGACACAUCGUGAUUGUAUUUGCUUUUCAAGUUGCUUCUCAGCAUUUAUAAAUUAAACUUAGUGGUCUAAUUAAUUAGUCUAAUUACCUCUUCUUCCUCAUAUAAGCUCUUUUGCCUUUCCCUCAAAGGUAGUGUUGAUGAAAGUAUUGACUGUAGUGAAAUAAUGUUUAAGUGCCGUCUACUCUGCUUGGCUCUAGGAGGAAAUGUUUGCUUUUGCACAAUCAGCAAAUUAAAUACUUAUGUGCUUUCCAGUCAGUUAACAUUAAUGGCCUUGAUCAGUAAAUGAGAUUCUCUGUUGAUGUGACUUACUUUUUAUUCUUUUUAGGUUUGAGAGCAUCUAUUCUCCUCCUAGGACUUUGCAAUUUUUUCGGAACAGCCUUCCAAGCUAUUCCACUUGUUGAUCUACAAAUACAAACAUGGCUUGCUCAUACGGGGAUGUUUCUAAGUAGUAUAGGAGGUCCUGUUGCCAUGGCAUUAGGGCCCCUUAUUUCUGCGAUAUGGUUUCCUCCUGAUCAACGCACAACAUCAACAGCAAUUGCAUCAUUGUCUUCCUAUGCUGGGGCAGGGAUGGCAUUUAUCAUUGGCCCACUGUUAGUCCCAGAUGUGGGUAACCAUAGCACGAGCAUUGGCAAAAGUAUUGACUACAUAAGUAUUCGUAAAAAUAUGACUAACAGCCAGUUGAAUUUUCUUAAGGAGAAAAUCAUGUUUCUUAUGUACAUUGAACUAGGAGCAGCAGUUCUGAUUUUACUCUUGAUAGUGGUGUAUUUUCCAAAGAAACCUCCACUGCCUCCUUGCCUAACUGCAGCGAGUGAGCGUUUGGAUUUUAAAGAUGGCUUUAAACACCUCAUGUUCAACAAACAGUUCUUGUUGUUGCUAUUUAUCAAUGGAAUGACCCUUGGCAUUUACAGUGGCUGGACGUCUAUACUAGACCUAACUUUGUCGCAGUUUGGUCUGGGAGAAAAAACUGCAGGGUGGCUUGGAUUUGGUUCAUCAGUAUCAGGAAUAUUGGCAGCAAUUAUACUGUCCAGGUGAAACAUGUUAAAAUUUUAUUAUAUCCAUUUUGAAAUAACUGGAGAUCCCCGCAAUCUGAUUGGCCCUCAGCAGCGUGAUUCAUUCACGAAUAACACCAUUUCUUCCUCUUUAUUAUAUCCAUUUUGAAAUCACUGGUGAUCCCUGCAAGCUGAUUGGCUCUCAGCAGUGUGAUUUAUUCACGAAUCACUCCAUUUCUUGCUCUUCAUUAUGUCCAUUUUGAAAUCACUGGUGAUCCCUUCAAUCUGAUUGGCUCUCAGCAGUGUGAUUUAUUCACGAAUCACACUAUUUCUUGCUCUAAAUCACAUGUUCUAAACCGCACCAGUUCUGUUUUAAAUCGCACCAGUUUUGCUCUAUAUCGCGUCAUUUCUGUAUCAAAUACAAAAUGAGAUGUAAAAGCCUUUUUGUUUCUGCUUCUCAACAAGGCGGCUACUUGAUCAUUAAAAUAUUGGUAUUGACUGAACUCUGUGAUUUCAAAAUGGCUGUAAUAAAGUGGUAAUUGAACUUUGUGUCGUGCAAUUUUGCUCUGAAAUCAUACUUGCGAGUCUGAAAUCACGCGUGUCAUUUUAGACCAAAUUGCACUCCACUCUGUUCAAUUAUGAUAAUUAACCGUUUUUAUUGUGCUAAAAGUGCAAUAAAACUGACAUUUUAAGUCAAGAGUAUUGAAAAACGGAGACCUACAUGUUUACUUUCACAUACGAGAUCUUUUUUUUUUUUUGAAAUACUUUAAUAUAUUCGACACCAGAAAUAUAUCCCGAUCUGUUCCUCGGCCGUAUUAUUUCAGUUUUUUUCGGGGUGAGAGAGAACGUGCCGCCCCCCCAAAAAACGUUUCGGACCAGGAUAUCCGUUUCUGUAUAAAAACACCUGAAGAUUGAAUGCUAUUGAGAGCGAAAGAUUUCACGUUUACGACAACAGAAAGUUCAUUCUGCCCUAAGAGCCAAAGGAGCCACUCAUUUUUCGUCUCUGUAGGUAUUGAUUGUGUCAAAAAUACGAAUAUCUCAGGAACAAAUACUAGAUAAUCUGGUCGAGUUAAUAAUGAACAAAGAACCGUUCAGAUUCCUUUUGCCGUUACAAUAUUUUUAUUUCCACAAAUUUUGAUCACGACAAUUAAUUUUCAUACUCUGGUUUAUCCACAGACUCGCGGACCAUCUAUCUGGACACAUGAAAGCAAUCCAGUUUGUUCUUCUGGCUGGCGCUACCAUCUCCUAUGGUCUAUUCACAUUCAUCUGCGCAGGAAUUAUUCCAUAUAACAAGGCCAUUCUCUUUUUAACCUGUAUUCUUGCAGGAUUUUUCACUAAUGGAACCAUUCCGUUAUUCUUUGAGAUGGCCGUGGAAACUGCAUACCCUGUCGCCGAGGGCAUCACCUCUGGUUUCGUAACCGUUGCCGCGAACCUUCUUCAGUUGGUAUUUUACAUAUUUCCCAUGUUGCCAAACUUUGGGUUAAAGUGGAUUAAUUGGUGUAUUUUUAUAACGUAUGCGCUUUCUGUUCCGCUGCUUGCGUUGUGGAGAGAACGAUACUACAGAUCGGAAGUUGAUGAUCAAGACAAGCAAGCACCAGUAACUAUUAAUUAG